AUGUCUACGGAAUGGCUAGUGAAUGGAAACAACAGUCCGAUAUCAGAAGCAAUGUAUUGUAUUAUUCAGGAUCGAAAUAUAUUUUUCAACGAUAACGGAGGAAUGUGCAAUCAUUGUAAUCAAGCUAAAAAAUCUGUUGAUCACAUGGCUACAAGAUGUAGCAGAAUGCUGAACAGUGAUUAUACCAGAAGACAUAACGAAGUUAUAAGAUGCAUCCAUUUGCAUCUCUGCCGCCAAUAUGAAAUCAGGAAAACCAAAAGGUUAAAGUCACACACAGUCCAGUCGGUUAGCUCAAAUCAUAAAGUGGAGAUAAGAGUGGACACCACCUUGCAGACAGAUGUUCAUGUAAAAAACAAUAGACCAGAUAUCUUUGUCUUUGAUAAAACGAAAAACGAAAUCACUCUAAUUGAAGUCGGAAUUACUUCCCACGCCAUGUUAAAGCAAGUGGAAGUAGAAAAACUACAUAAAUAUGAUCUUCUUGCUGGAGAAUUAUCUCAAAUCCACGGUGCGAAGGUAACGAUAAUCCCCAUUGUCCUCACAUGGGACGGGAUAGUUUCUAAAUUCUAUAAGUCUUAUAUGGAAAGACUGAAGUUGGAUGCUUCCACUAGAUCGUAUAUACAAUCGCUGACGAUUAAAAAGACAUUGGAGACCAUGCUUGUUGAACAUAAACAUGGAGUGGAAAUUGAAAAACAUGAGGAACAAGUUUCGAGGGCCACCAACUACCUCCUAAAAUUGGCUAGAGAAACAACAGAUCCACCAGAUUUGCCGGAAGAUGUGUCUCAUGUUUUAUAUGAAGUGUUAAAGGAUGAGAAUACGCGAUCCAGUGCAACGGUUCAAAAAGGAGGAGAAUUAUACAGAUUAGUUAGUUAUUAG